AUGUCAUCGCUGACCUUUCGGCAACUUGGACCACCCGAGAUAAUCAACAAUCCUCGUUUCAAGCACGCCACCUAUAAGGCAAAGUACGUCAUCAAAGUUGACGCGGAUUGUGAGGACUAUGAAGAACAACUCCUCAAAAUGAUAGAUGCGAAUGUAGCGGAGGCUGUUGCAAAUGCAGAAUCAGAUGGAGACGUUGUUUACAAGAUUUCGGCGGCUAUAACCUCUAAUCAAUUAACCGAUGGCAUAUACACAGGCUUUCUUUCCACCAAUGAUUUUCAAUCAGAGAGGCUGUUAACAAAGUUUUCAAAAGUACAGCAGAGUGCAAACACUCCUUCCUUACUUGGAGAGCCUUUUACUCUUGAAAUAUCUACCGUAAGAGGCCCUACGGGAGGAACAAGACCCAUUGGACAAUCAAAAAUCAAUUCGGACACUGGUGUUUACGAGAUUAGAAAUCAGGAUUCUGCUUGUUUCCUUUUGGCCUCUUUGAUUGCUUUGACCAAACACAUUUGUCUUCUGCAUAGAGACAAGGCUCGCACAGCUCAUAGAAUUGCAGAGCAAACUACUACAGCCCGAGAAAAGUACAUUAAGCCUCUCACAUCAUGGUGUGAAGGAAUUCUCAGAAAGUCAAAGUAUACCAUCCACCAGAUAGCUCCGUUAGUCGAGGGAUAUUUUAAUGCAGAACACCCAGAACACGCACCUUUUCAAAUUGUAGUGUUUGCUUCAAGAAAUUUCAACAACGAAUGGCUUUAUCCUCUUGAAAAAUCAGUUCACGCAAGGACAAUUCUACCGAUUUAUUACAAUAACGACCAUUACGAUACAAUUUGGUAUCCAACAAAAUUUUUUAAUUCCAAGUAUCUCUGUUAUACAUGCCACACUACCUAUAAUGAUAAACUACAACAUCGAAGUUCUUGCACCCAAAAAUGCACAUUAUGCGGAAGAACUGGAAUAGAUUACCCUUGUCCCUUUGAAGAUGUACACUACUGUGCCAACUGUUUUACAGUGUUUCCAAAUUCAGACUGUUAUAAUCAUCAUUUGAAGAGAGCUUGCUACACGUUCAAGACGUGCCAGACCUGUGAAAAACGCUACAAUACAAGAGAGGCUCAUACAUGUGGAUCAUCAUACUGUUACAUUUGUCACGGUCAUCAUCCUUCAUCCACAUCUUGUUUUGUUCAAUCCUUAAAACCCCCAAAUGAGGAACCAACCUACAAGAUGUUUGUGUACGACUUUGAAACUACACAGAAUACAGGGGUUAAUGGUGGACAGAAGUUCAAGCAUAUCGUAAACUUUGCAGCUGUAAAAAUCAUGUGCAAUCAUUGCAUGACCCUGGGAAUUUAUGCUAUUGAAAAUGCAUGUCCUUGUUGUCCUUGCGAAUUAAAAUACUGGAGUGUACCCGAAGAUGAGAAUUGUCUUCCUUUACAAGAAUUUUGGAAGUAUCUACGCGUGAAUACUCCUCCGGGAACGACAAAUGUUGCUGUAGGACAUUAUGCAGGGAGGUUUGACAUUCAUUUGUUAAUGGAAGAAAUAAUUGCCGAGAAUGAUCGUCACGAUAUCAAGAUAACCAGUGUUGGGAACAAAAUUUAUUCCAUGUCUAUCAAUGGUGGUGGGGCCUUUGGAACGAUAAAGUUUAUCGAUUCAUAUAAUCAUAUACCAGUCUCUCUGGAAAAGAUGGUUGAGACAUUAGGAUUGACAGGGGUGGUUGAUACAAAAGGCAUGUUUCCCCACAUGCUCAACCAAGAACAAUUCUACAAUUUCGAUGAAGAAUAUCUUCCUCCAAAGACUUACUACAUGGAUGAAUUCAUGCUACCACAAAAGCGUGAAAAUUUUUUGAAGUGGUACAAUGAGAACAAACAGACUCAUUUCAAUUUUAAGCAACAGUUACGAGAUUACUGCAUAAACGAUGUCAUGAUCCUGGUCCAUGCUCUGGUUAUGUUCCGACAACAGACGAGAGAAGCUACGGGCUCCCCUACAGAUGACAUCCUAUAUUACACCAGUACACUAGCCUCCGCCUGCAUGAGAGACUUUAGAAUGACGUGUAUGCCUCCAAAAAGCAUCGCUUUGGUUCCCGAACACGGUCUUGGAAGAUAUGUGAACCAAUCCAAGAUCGCUUUGAAGAUGCUGAGGUAUCUGCAACAUAUUAAUGGCUACAUUCUGGAAUACCGCGAUAGUCCUGGUGGUGAAAAGCGUAUUGAAGUUAUUCAAGAUCAGAAACAACACUUUUAUUUUGUUGAUGGUUUCGUCGACCGUUCUCCCCACAAGAGUUUAAUCAUCGAGAUUUAUGGAUGCUAUUUUCACGGGUGCCCUCAAUGCUUCAAGAAUCAACACACUAUUCUACCCCAGGGACGUAGAAGGGAGGAGGUUUUCUUGAAUACAAUGAAGAGACAGAAAGCUCUUGAAGAUGCAGGAUAUGAAGUGCAAUACUUUUGGGAAUGCGACAUAAAAAAGAUGCUUCAGGAAAAUGAGGAUAUGAGGAAUUUUUUUAACGAUGAACUCAACAAUCCGGGGCCUCUUGUAUUGAGGGAUGCUUUUAUGGGAGGAAGAACUGGACCUUACAAAUUGUAUGCUCGUUCUGACACAAAAACUCAGAUCACCUACACAGAUAUUCAAAGUUUAUAUCCCUAUGUACUGGCCAAGUAUCCAAUGCCUUUUGGAAUUCCCGAGAGAAUUACAGGUACGGGGGUUGUUCACUGGGAUUCUCCAGGAUAUGUGAAGGAUGAAGGUGUUUACAAAGUAUUGAUUAUUCCUCCAACAAACCUCCGUUUUCCCGUUGUUCCUAUCAAGAUCAAUGAACAAUUAAUGUUUGUCUUGUGCAUUGCAUGUGCCAAACGCCACUGUAAAACCAACUUUCCUGUCAAUAUCGACUGUGAGCACACUCCUGAGGAGAGACAAUUUGUAACUACAAUUGCCAGUGUGGAAUUACGUCUGGCUUUGGAGAAGGGCUACAUUGUGAAACGUUUCUACGAACUGUACAAAUGCACGAUGAACAUGGAGAUUUUCAAGGCCUAUGUUAUGAAAAACUUGAAGUUAAAGUUGGAAGCUUCAGGGCCUCCUCCACAUUGCAACACUGAACAAGAGAAAGAAGAGUAUUGCAAAGAAAUCGAAAACCGUUAUGGGUUCACAAUUGACAAGAAAAAUUGGGUUAAAAACCCUGGCCUGAGGGCCAUUGCAAAGCUUCGACUUAACAGUCUGUGGGGCAAGUUUGGUCAACGGACCAAUCUUGCAAGAGUGGAGAUUUGCCGGGAACCUAGCGAUUUUCAUCGUAUUCUGAGAGACUUUGGUAAUCAGAUAAGUAGGCUAAUUGUUGUGAAUGAUACUGUGGCUUAUUUAACAAUCAAGAGGAAGGAGGGUUACGACGAACUGUACGAUUAUUCCAAUAUUCUGUUGCCCAUAUUCACGACAUCCUGUGCUCGUGUACAUCUCUACAAAUACAUGGAUCAAUGUCAGGGAUCUUCAACAUUGCUCUACACUGACACAGACAGUUGCAUCAUUCAACAUCCUCGUGGACAUUUACCUUUCAAGAUUGACUACUUUUUGGGAGAAAUGGAACUUGAACAUGGUGGUGAAGAGAUACUGGAGUACAUUUGUGGUGGAGCCAAACAAUAUGGAUUGGCACUGCAAAACCUUCGAACAAAACAAGUUUCGUUUGAACUAAAGUUAAGAGGUAUAACACUUAGUCAUAAUGUGAGAAAGGUUCUCAACUACGAACUCUUAAAGAAGAUGGUCUUUUCCUUGAAUUCUACAGCUGUGUUGACAACGUCAAACAGAAUCCUGCCUUUUAUCGUUGGAGGAGUCUACACGGUGCCCAUGACAAAAAAAUACAAACCCGUUUUCUCCAAAGGUUUUGUUUCGAAUGACGAUUUAACUAUUCUUCCUUAUGGUUAUAAACCCUAA